AUGGUGCUGUUGACGCGAAGGCUGUGGAGACACGUGCGAGCGCAGGUGAAAGGCAGGAGGAAAAGCUUCCUGGGAAGCGCAGGUAAUUUCCAGGACACUACACGUCCUGUCAUCGCACAAGCGAAUGGCAGCAACGCGGCUCGGAGCUCCGUCCGUGAUAGCAGAUCCGUCCGUGUCCCGAGCUCCGAGCUCCGUCCGUGUCAGAGAGUUCCGUCCGUGAUAGCAGAUCCGGAGUCGGAUUCAUAUGACCGCCGAUCCGGGCAGGCCACCGUUGUGCUGUGGUUUAUCCGCUUGGCGAAACAGUUCGCACCGGAAUUUGAAUUUUACGAAUUGCCAGAUGGAUCGCGCUUUCCAUUGCUCAUUCGGCAUCGGAGCGAUGCAGGAAGAACGCCUUUUGACGGGCACUGGCAGCCCAUCCAGAUCCGUGCUACCGCAAAUCGCGCGCGGCGCAUUGGCGCUGGCGAGGAGCAUGAUAACUCAUUCCUUGUGUGUGCUGCAAGAAGAAUUUCACCCUCCUGGUAUUUUGCCCGCAACGAGUCCUACCGGUCUCAUCCAGAUGUGCCAUGUGUUGUGAUGUCACCGUUUGAGGAGACAUGUUUCGUUUUUACAGGAAAUGCGAUACGGACCUGGCUACGCGCAAAGCCAGGCAGCGAAAACGAGAUACGCUUGCAAGAGAGCCCGCAGAAGCUUGGAGACUGGUUGCGCGCGACGUUCCCAUCGGAGACGGAAGCCGCCGGAUCUGGUGAUUUGGCGAGUCUCUUGGUAAGUCUCGCGGCUUCCCCGAAUAUCAGAAAGCAUCGUUUGUUUCUGGUGCAGAUGUUGCGACUGCCAGUGCUGCAGCGAAUCGCUUUUCACCGCCGUGGUGUCGACGGUUUGGUUGCACACAAUGCCAAACUCCACCAUCGGCGCUUGCUAAUACGCCGUCCGGAAACGCUAAGGCAGAGUGCAGGGGGUAACAGGCGACUUCGCUACAUCUUUUCGCAAUUGUGGAGUCAGCCUCUACAGCGUGGUAAGAGCGAGGUGGACUAUCUGCUCCUCCUGAUUGGCGGGAAAGAUGAUAGCUCUGUGCUCCGCGGUAUUGGAAUAAUCCCGCUUGCUGCAGUUUUUAUGCGAGACGGUAAGCUUGCUGUUAGAUCGGGUAAUCCAGAAAGCAACGCACACUUGAAGCAGCACGCGAUUCUGCAUCUCGACUCAAGAAACAAUCUGGGCGGCGACUUUCGAGGUUUCGACGACUUCUUCUAUUUUUUCACGAACACUGAUCAGAUCGUAGAGCAGAGCUCCUCGCACUCGGAGUUUCCUUGCUUCUUGCAGGAUGUUUUCGAGAAGUGGGACUCUACGAUGAUGAGACUGCCAUGA